GCCGCUUGGAGCGAUGCAGGAUGGUCGCGGCAAGAAAAUGGCGGAUUUUGAGGAGCUAAGGGUACGAGAAAGCAUAUUGUUAGUUAGCAUCCGUACGCUUGCGUUUUGUUGAACUUGUAUUGAGUCCUCAUUUGCGUUAGAUGUAUAUUUUAUGGAUGUAUGAAGUUGUGCUAAAACGAAUGCCAGGUUUCUGAUGCAUUAGCAAAAUGCUUGGCUGUGAUCUGCCUUGCUUGUUUUGAUCAGAAUUAGCUAUCCGGCUAAUUUGGACAUAUCUCUUCGAAAUGCAUCAUUUAUUACUAUAGCCUACUUCAUUUAAAAAAAUGGGAAAUAUUGCAUUAUUUUGCGAGCUAGCUGGUCAACGAUAAAAUAUACAGGGGAAACCAGUGACACCUUGGCUUGUGUUUUAUCCCACAACUGGACUUUGUUCUGCUACUAGCUAUUGUUGUUAGCAGUUAUGUUAUGGGGGCGAAUAGAGACAGCAGCGCCCGAUUGAGUUUUUGAAUGUGUUGUUAUUACUACUAUUUAUUAUCAUUAUGCUUUUGUCAUCGGACUGUUUUUCUAAUAAUUUCUCGACAUUUCCAUUGAGUGCGCCUGUGUGUUGUCCGUUGUGUAUUUUUUCUUUUUUUAACGGGUCUUGGAAUUAUUCUUAAUAUUUUAGAUUUCUUACGAUGGCAUUUGUUAAGGAUUUGUAAAGGAAAAAGGAUAAACACGUAUGAACAAUCAAGCAUGGACCAAAUAAUGAAGGAAUAUGGUAUCGAGUUUCCGGGUGUCAGAGCUACAGGUGUUGUUGGGUUUUGCAGGACGAAACAAAAGUGGUCGCAAGCAUGAACUUUUGCUGAGGGCUUUACAUUUGCUAAAAAGCGGGUGUAGUCCUGCAGUGCAAAUCAAAAUUAAGGAACUCUACCGGCGUCGCUACCCCCGGACUACAGAGAGCCUGCCCGACUUUUCAUCUCUCAAAUCCUCCGUCUUUGCCGCUUCCAUUGUGGACCCUGAUCUCUCCCUUACUACUGGGAAUUCCCACGGUUCCAGCACUGGGACGCACACUUCAGUCUAUUUACACGAGACCAAACCCAGGAUGGACAUGCAGCAGCCAGCGCCUCCCAUCCCUCCUGUCCACCCUGAUGUUCAGAUGAAAUCUCUGCCAUUCUACGAUGUGCUGGAUGUCCUGAUCAAGCCUUCAAGCCUAGGUGCAAGUAGCAUCCAGCGUUUCCAGGAGAAAUACUUCAUCUUUGCCCUGACACCUCAACAAGUGCGAGAAGUCUGCAUUUCCAGGGAUUUUUUACCGGGUGGCCGGAGAGACUAUAUGGUUCAGAUUCAGUUAAGGUUUUGUCUUGCAGAAACGAGUUGUCCCCAGGAAGACAACUAUCCAAACAGUUUGUGUGUUAAAGUAAAUGGAAAGCUUUUUCCUUUGCCGGGUUAUGCUCCUCCUCCUAAAAACGGAGUAGAACAGAAACGACCAGGGAGACCCCUGAACAUCACGUCCCUGGUUAGAUUAUCAUCUGCUGUUCCAAAUCAGAUUUCCGUCACAUGGGCACCUGAAAUUGGGAAGACAUACUCUGUUUCUGUGUACCUCGUCAGGCAGCUCACGUCAUCGCUGUUGUUGCAGAGGUUGCGGAUGAAGGGUAUUCGGAAUCCUGACCACUCCAGAGCACUAAUAAAAGAGAAGCUGACAGCUGACCCUGACAGUGAGAUUGCAACAACCAGUUUGCGAGUGUCACUUAUGUGCCCGCUGGGCAAGAUGCGCUUGACUGUUCCCUGUCGAGCUGUCACAUGCUCACAUCUCCAGUGCUUCGACGCGGCCCUCUACCUUCAGAUGAAUGAGAAGAAGCCCACCUGGAUCUGUCCAGUGUGCGACAAGAAGGCUGCAUAUGAAAGCUUGAUAAUCGAUGGGCUUUUCAUGGAGAUUCUGAAUGACUGCUCGGAUGCUGACGAGAUUAAAUUCCAAGAAGACGGAACAUGGUGUCCAAUGAGGCCAAAGAAAGAAGCGUUGAAAGUGUCGUCUCAGUUUUGUCCAAAAUUGGAAAGCUCAGCUCUGGUGCGGCAGUGCGCGGUAAUGCCCCCCAGCGAGCCCAGCAGCACGAAGAAGGUAGACAUCAUCGACCUCACAGUGGAGAGCUCUUCAGAAGAGGAGGAGGAGGAGGCUGAAGACCCUCCACUUAAAAAGCGCUGCCUCUACAUGGCUAAACCUGAUGAGUCUCCGGCAAAAGGUGUCCUGGCCUAUCAGCCACCAGCAGUGCGGUUGCCAAAUGUCCAAGCCCUGGACCCGUCUUACCUGGCGUCUUCACUAGCAGACUAUGCAGUUCCAUUCCAUCAUUCGACCUUAUCUACCAUUCCCACUGACAUGCAGAGUCUGGAUUUGUUCUCAUUGAUUCAAGGAGAUUCUCAGCAUUACCGCACGCCGAUGUUCCUGGACAACCUCUCCAGCAGCCUGCAGGCGGCGACAGCGUCGGGGGGUGGAGGUCUCAUCUCCUCCUCCAGCCAGUAUGACAACAGCGCUCACAGCAGUGGCUCCGGCCAUAACGAGCCUGGGGUCAUUACGGGCACGGGAGGGACCAACAUAUCAGACAUCAUAUCUCUGGAUUAAUUUGGCACAAGGAGCACCACUUUCUACUUGCGAUAUCAAAUACCGCAAUUCGUACUGAGGAGGUUUGUGUUUUUACAGUUCAAGGAAGUUGAACAUGCAUUUUUUUUUAUGAUUACUAUUCUUAAAAAUUUGCCUUUUGAACCUGAGAUCCUUGAGCGGAAGUGGGAAUGAUUAAGCAGAGUUUAAUUCACUCCUUUUGCCAAUUCCUCUGGCCAUGUGGGCACUCAAAGGGCAGCUCCAAUCAGUAACAAUACUAACUGAUUACAGUAAUGUGGUGCAAUUCUGUGUCCUGUUUAGUCUGAUCAUGUAUAGCAAUAAAAUACAUUUUUCGUACAUGAAGUUGCACAACUUUAACAAUGACGAGAAUGGUAUUCUAUAAAGAUACCUGCAAAGAUGACCUGUUUAUUGUAGAUUGUAUAAGCUAUAUAAUUUCCCUUUUUGGAUUUGUACGUAUAUUCUCGGUUAUUUGCAUUGUUUCAUUUGUUUUUUUUUGAGAAAAGACUCUGCUUAGGGUCUUGAGGGCUGAAAUCAGUGUCCUCGCUGGCUGAUGGAAUAAACGUCAAGAUAUACUAUCAUAAUUUUAGCCCUGUAACAUGAUCCUCUGACACCCCUGUGUAUGUUAAAUUCAUUUUCCUGUACCUCUGUCUCCUCCUUCCACAUGUAUAUAUUUACUGUCUGUGCAUAUACACAUUCUUACCAAAAUUUGUAAUUACACCAGCUGCUGUUAAAAUUCAGUGCAUUGCAGUGUUCCUCAUAAUGCAUAUAACUUAGGAGUCAGAGGUAUGAUGUUGACAUAUGGAACUAUACAUUAUGAAUCCAGUACUGUAAGUAUUAAUGCACUUCUCUAAGUCAAUCACCAGCACAUUUGCAGUGUCUAAUACCAAUUUACGUUUGUAUGUAGAUGGGCCAUCUUCAACUAUUUUGUGAAACUAAACAGAAAACUGUAGCCUUAUCUGUUUCUGAAGAUGACCAGCUACAUGUAAUUUGUAAACUUUAAAAUCUGCAAAUUACAGCCUUACAGAUUUUUUUUUCAAGUGGCAGUGCAAAAAACGGUGCCUCUUGCUUGUAGUGAAACAGGAGCCAGUAGUGGUGUGUUACCAUUGGAGAUUGAGUAAUCAGAAUGCUUGUGCUGACCCCGGUCUUGUCUGUAGGUGGUUCUGAUGGAAAAGUCCACGAGACGUGCUCUGCAGUGGGGCACCGUUUGAUAUUGUACUAUUGUCGGCUGACAACAGGUGGAUACCAUUGUGUGGAGACUUCUGUUCUGAGUCUCAGCCGACUGUGAGUUGGAAAUAUGUUGCAUGUUUUAUUUUUGUGUGUUUAUGCCAGGGAGUUCAUGAGUUCUGGUCUUGGCGAGCCCAUUUCUAAAGACUGGUUAUCCAGCAUUGUUUUAACCAAUUGACAUCCUCCAUGCAAGGGUAGGGGGGUGGAGUUCACAUUUAGGUGCUCAGUCAAGGUAUCAACUGUGGUUAGCCAGUGCUGUUUUGUCCAAUCUGUUCUGUCUGUACUUGUAAGUAACUUUUUACAUCAUUGGCAAGUGAAGUAUUAAAGAGUGGUAAGUGUCUGCAACCUAACAAGAUAUCAGGAUAGUGUACCCAUAACACACCUACAAAUAUAAUGUAGUUGUUUACUACAGUUUGUUUAAAAAAUAAUAAAUUCAGGAAACCCUGAAAUCAUAGCACAUUAAAGCCAAGAAGACUUUUUUUGAGCCGGUUAUUAGGGCCAGGAAAUGUUUUUCUAUUCUGUCCUAACAGCAAACUGAUACAUUUGUUCGACCAGAUUCCUGGACUAGGAUGUUACCUUGGUUUCAAUACUUUUCCUUAAUAGAGUGGAUGUGCAUAGUCUUUACAUCAUAGAACCUGAAAUUCCUGGGGACUGCAGCUUUUUUGAGAUGCUUCAAUUUUUAAGUAAUGAUUUAACACCCAUUUUUCAUAAAUGUACUGACUGUACAGUUACUACAUUCAGUAAUGUUUUAGCAUUUUUUCCCAUAUUGCUGGCUUUUCAGUGUUCUCCAUAGUACUUCUCUUAAGACCAUGAUCUUGUUACCUGUUACAAAAUUUAGUGAUGUAACUUCAGUCCAGGGUUUUGUUUUUAUAUUUUUAUGAAUAUAGAGUUUGCCGUUAUUCGUUACAUAGCUUGCAGGCUGGAGAGUUGUCAGACAAUGCAUGCCCUACCUGUGGCGCCCCCUUUUGGAAUUCUCCAUGUAUACAACUGGCAGGACCAGCUAUCAUCAUAAAGGUCACAUGGAACAAUCUGCCAGUGGUAUGUAACACAAUGAAGACAUGCUGAUUUGUGCUUGACUGUGGCAGUGUCUUGUUAAAAAAUAUUCUAAUAAAUAUUUAUUUUUUUUCUUUUUA